UGUCUCCUCAGUGUGUCUCCUCUGUGUCUCCUCUUGUGUCUCUCAUGUCUGUGUCUGCUGGUCUCAGGAGAACUCGCGUCCUUCAUCUUUAGUCGUGCAGGAGCAGCGACUUCUUCAGGAAUCAUUUCUGUUUCUUUUCAUGUUUCUCUCAGAUUGAUUUAAAGUUUGCAUGUUGCUUGUUUUUUUAGCUUUACAUCUUUUGUUAAAGUUCUGACGUAGAGAACGUUUAACUCUCGUCAGUGAUUUAUAUGAUACGUGAGAGGACAUCUGUUCAUUCUCCACUAGCUCUCCAUGUUAGAUGACCAGCCUCUACUUCUUCUUCUACUCUGUUUGCUGGUAGAUUACAGACAUGUAGUGUCCUCCAAACCAGCGGAUGGAAACACCAAAUGAACUUGAUAACUAAAUGUAAACAUGAGUCAUGACCACCAGACUUUGGGUCAAAUGAGUCUCACUACGUUGAUCUCUGUGUCUCAGUGAGAAGUUCAUGGUGCGACUGAACAAGAACGGAGGACCGAAGAAUCCGGAGAAGGUGGACAGACUGUGUGCGCUCUUCACGGACCUGAGCAACAAAGACAUGAAGAGAGACCUCUACAUCGUCUCCCAGGUGAUCAGAACAGGUCGGAUGCUGUUGAACGACAGUAAGAAGGGUCCUCCUCACGUUCAGUACCGCCGGCCGUACGGCUGUGCCGUCCUCGCCAUGAGCGACGUGCUGCAGACCAUCGCAGAGCUCAAAGAGGAGAAAGACUUCGUCCUCAAGGUCUACACGUGCAACAAUGAGAACGAAUGGUACCAGAUCCAUGACAACAUCAUCCGCAAGUCCAGCACCAAGUACACGGCUCCCAGCACCAACUACGGUCUGAUCAUCUCUCUCCAGCUGCUGAGAGGUGACAUGGAGGCGGUCCGCAGAGAGAACCCUCUGAUCUUCAGCAGAGGAGUCUCCAUGACGCGUAAACUGGGCUUCCCUGAUGUCAUCAUGCCAGGUGACGUCCGUAACGACCUGUACCUGACGCUGGAGCGAGGGGACUUUGAGAGAGGAGGGAAGAGCGUUCAGAAGAACAUCGAAGUCACCGUUUACGUUCUGUACGCCGAUGGAGAGAUCCUGAAGGACUGCAUCAGUCUGGGUUCAGGUGAACCCCACAUUCCGGAGCACCGCUCCUUCGUUCUCUACCACAACAACAGCCCUCGAUGGAGCGAAGUCAUCAAGCUACCGAUCCCCAUCGACCGCUUCAGAGGGUCCCACCUGCGCUUCGAGUUCAGGCACUGCUCCACGAAGGACAAAGGAGAGAAGAAGCUGUUUGGUUUCUCCUUCAGUCCUCUGAUGAGGGAGGAUGGAACCACUCUUUCAGACGAGAGCCACGAACUCUACGUUUACAAGUGCGAUGAGAACACCACCUUCAGUAACCACGCCCUCUACCUGGGCCUGCCCUGCUGCAAAGAGGACUUCAACAGCUGCCCCAGCAUCCCCUCCAGCCUCAUCUUCCAGCGCAGCGCCAAGGAGACCUUCUGGAUCUCCACACAGCUCUCCUCCACCAAGCUCACUCAGAACGUGGACCUCCUGGCUCUGCUGAAGUGGAAGGCCCAUCCGGACCGGGUCAUGGACAUCCUUGGCCGGCUAAGACACGUCAGCGGAGAGGAGAUAGUCAAGUUUCUACAAGAUAUUCUGGACACAUUAUUCUCCAUCCUGGACGACAACACGGACAAAUACGGACCGCUGGUGUUCCAGUCAUUGGUGUUCAUUAUAAACCUCCUCAGGGACAGUAAAUAUUACCACUUCAGGCCGGUGAUGGACACGUAUAUCCAGAAGCACUUUGCAGGCGCUUUGGCUUACAAAGAGCUGAUCCGCUGUCUGAAGUGGUACAUGGACCGCUCUGCAGAGGUGGUCCGACAGGACCACAUACAGGAAGCAAUGAGGGCCUUGGAGUAUCUGUUUAAGUUCAUCAUCCAGUCUCGGAUCCUUUACUCUCGGGCUACUUGUGGUAUGGAGGAGGAGCAGUUUCGCACCGGCGUCCAGGAACUCUUUCAGUCGAUCCGCUUCGUCCUCAGCCUGGACAGCCGCAACUCAGAGACCCUCAUUUUCACACAGGGCUCCCAGCCUUGUCCAGGCCCAAAUCAGGCCCCCGGCGUCGGGCCUGCCGCCUCCUUAGCACUAGCCCCCGCCCCGGGCCAAGCCCCGCCCCCCGCCCCAGGACAGGCUCCUGGCGGCGGGCAAGCCAACUGCACUCAGGCCUGGAGCUCCAACGCUCUGCGGCCGUCUCCACUGUCAGCCGCUUUGCUGAACUCGUUCCCGGCGAUCUUCGAUGAGCUGCUGCAGAUGUUUACGGUGCAGGAAGUGGCAGACUUUGUGCGCGGCACUCUGGGCAGCAUGCCGUCCACGGUGCACAUUGGACAGUCCAUGGACGUGGUCAAACUGCAGUCCAUCGCCCGGACGGUGGACAGCAGGCUCUUCUCUUUCCCAGGUGAAGGUUCUAGUUAGAACUACUUCUGAUUUGUUCUUUAUUAAGUGAGUAUGUUGGUAAACAAAUGAGAGGGAAUCUUUCAAAAUAGCACCUGAAAAUAUUCGUCUUACUCCGAGCUGCUACAUCCAAGAAACAGUAGACAGUGUCACCAACACGCUUAGAAAUCUUUCUGUAGUAUCAUUGUUAUUAUUACUACUUUACAAUCUUCACAUACGAUGUCAGCUUAUGUUCGGCAGAAUGUAUUUAUAACUCUGUGAAUCUGUGUCUCCUCUGAACAAUAGAUUUAGGCCUCAAUCUGCUUUACUUAAUGUAUUACUUAAUAAUAUUCAUCAAAGUAUAUCAGCUCUACAGCUCUUUACUCUGCAUGCAAAAUACCGUUAACUCAUUCAAACACAAAUAAUAAAUCACUCAGUCAUGUUAGUUUUCUUUCCUAUUUCUGAGGCUAACCGCUUACAACUGUUUGAGCCACAGAGCCCAUGUUCAGGCACAACUAGCAUCAAAACCACAUG